AUGGAGCAACUCUUUCAGUGUCCAAUGUGCAUUUUUAUAUGCUCUACACCGAAUGAGUGGUUGUGCCAUUUGAGGAAUGCUGCUCACGAACAGGCCUUCAGUGUCUCAUGCUGUUUCGAAGACUGUUCUCAUAACAGCCCAUUUGCAACCUUUGCUGGACUGAAGUCACAUGUAUAUCGUGCCCAUCUUAAGAGUGACGAAGUUCCUCAGGAAGAUGAUAGUGAUAUUUGCACAAGAGGCAAUGAAGAUACACUGGAUUAUGAUGCACAUACUGUAUUGGAUGAGUCAAUGCUAGAUGCAGACAUAAAUCACCUUCUUGAAGUUGAUUCACAACAAACCAAACGAGAGUCAGCUCUGUUUAUAAUGAGGCUCCGUGAAGUCAAGAGGUUGUCCCAGUCUUCAGUAAAUGAUGUCAUAUGUGGAUGUCGAACAUUGUUUAGCCAUACAAUGACACGCCUCCAUGCAAGCAUACGACAACGACUAGCAGAGACUGGGAGUGAUGCUGAUGUGACUGAUAUUUUUGAAGAAAUAGAAGAUCCGUUUCUUGGUUUAGACACAACAUUUCUACAAGAAAAAUACAUUAACAAAGAGUUUAAUGUUUUGGAACCAAAACCAAAACAGAUCGGAAGACCGUACUACAUUAACAAAAUGUUUGGACAACGCAGACGUAAGGUUCUUCAGAAGGACACAAUGCACUAUGUUUCACUAAUUGAAACCCUUUUAAUGUUUUUGCGUGAUCAGUUGUUUUUGUCCAAAUUGAGUUUUGAAGUACAAAAUACUUCUGGCUCUUACUUUGAUUUUAGUGAUGGGAGCUUUUUUCAAAACCACACUGUUUUCAAAGAAAAUCCGACAAAUUGUUUGCAAAUUAUUGCUUACUACGAUGAGAUUGAAUUAUGCAAUCCACUAGGUACAAGUGUCAAAAAGCACAAGCUAGGGUGUAUCUUUUAUACCCUUGGCAAUUUGCACCCUAAAUACAGGUCUACAUUCAAAGCUAUUUUUUUGUCAACUAUAGUGAACCAUACUAUAGUACAAAGGCAUGGUAUAAAUGCUGUGCUCGAGCCCUUUGUCCAUGAGCUUAAUCAGCUCUCUACAUCUGGAAUUGAAGUCCAAGGCCAAAUUUACAAGGGGAUGUUAGUUGCAUUCUUAGCUGACAACCUAGCUAGUCAUGCAGUAGGCGGUUUCAAGCAGUCAAUGUCAUUUGCAAGGCGGAUAUGUCGUUCAUGUAUGGCAACAAAAGAAGAGGCAUGCCAAAUAUUUUUGGCAGAAAACUUUGUGCUUCGGACACCAGAGCAACACGAGGUAAUGUGCUCAGAAGUGAUGAACGAUUCAUCAAAUACACAAGAAAAAUCUAAAGAAUAUGGUAUUAAUGAGCGCAGUAUUUUAAAUGAUGUUAAUGGCUUCUCAGUAAUUGGAGGGUUAUGCCACGAUGCCAUGCAUGACUUACUUGAAGGUGUAUUACCAUAUGAAUUAAGGUUGCUUCUACAACAUAUUUUUGAUAAAAAAUAUUUCACUUUAGCCCAGUAUAAUGAUCGUGUGGCAUCUUUUGAUUAUGGUUACACAGAGCUUCCAAAUAAGCCCAAUGAACUAUCACACCGUUGCUUUCUCGAGAAGUUAAAACUUCGUUAUUCAGCUUCAGAAAUGUUAUUGCUAGCAAGAGUUUUGCCUUUCAUUAUAGGAGACAAGAUUCCAGACGAUGAUGAGCAUUAUCAUUGUUUCCUAAAACUACUAAAAGUGCUUCAAAUUGUUUUAUCUCCUUCUUUAAAAGAUGACGUUAUAUCUUACCUGCGUGUCCUUAUUGAAGAGCAUCACUCAAUGUUCAUUGCUCUCUACCCAGACGAAAGUUUUAUUCCUAAACUACAUUACUUAAUCCACUACCCAAAACAGAUUACUGAGCAAGGUCCUUUGAUACGCUCAUGGACAAUGCGUUUUUACAGUGUAACUUGA